AUGAGUCUCCUCGGCUUCAACUGCCGUGGUUUGGGGUUGGACGCGGCAGUAGGCAAGCUACUGGAUCAGAUCAGAUCCUACAACCCGGUGGUGGUGUUCCUGUCUGAAACAAAGAAAAAAUCAAAGGCAAUGAACAAGUUAAAGUGGCGCUUGGGGUUCCAAAAUGGGGUUGCGGUGGAUUGUGUGGGAAGAGCAUCUCAUAGGAAACGCAAGAACACGGUCAAAGCGCUGCGUCGAGAGGAUGGUACCAGGUGCACCACGAAUGAAGGUAUAGUAGAUAUGGCACUGGCCUUCUACCAGAAGCUGUACACAUUGGAGGGGUCAAUAAAUAGCGAGUGCAUCUUGGGCUUGAUUGAGAGGGCGGUGCGAGACUUUCUGUCAGGGAAGGAGUGUCCAGAGGACUUCAAUGCUACAAUUCUAGUCAUGAUACCGAAAGUGAAUCAGUCGGAGCUGCUGUCCCAGUUCAGGCCUAUCAGUUUGCUCAUUACUGAUAAUGUCCUGGUGGCAUACGAGUGUGUACAUGCGAUAAGGAAGAGGAAGAGGAAGACACCGUUGUGCGCGGUCAAGCUAGACAUGAUGAAAGCGUAUGACAGUGUAGAGUGGGUGUUUCUGGAACAGAUGAUGGAGACAAUGGGGGGUUUACAACAAGGCGACCCAUUGUCCCCAUAUCUAUUUGUGUUUUGUGUUGAGGGUUUUUCUGCUCUACUUCGGAGUGCUCAGGCGGAUAAACAGAUCAAUGGUGUGGGCUUUGGACCACAAGGUCCAAUGGUUACGCACUUACUUUUUGCUGAUGACAGUGUUGUCUUCUUGGAGGCCACUAAAGCGAGUUUGGGGGCACUGAGGAAUGUGUUGCAGGCAUACGAGAUCAGCUCAGGCCAGAAAGUUAACAUAGAGAAGUCGACUGUGUUCUUUGGGAAGGGAUGUCCAGAGGAGAAGAGGGCUGAACUAAAAGCAAAUAUAGUGGAAGGGAAGCGCAAGGUGUCGUGGAUCAGUUGGGAGCGGAUGUGUGUAUCUAAGCGAGGAGGUGGCAUGGGGUUUCGGAACUAUGGCGUUUUUAACCAAGCCCUCCUAGCGAAGCAGGCAUGGUGUAUACUGACCAAUCCAUCGUCGAUUUGUGCUAGAGUACUCCAUGCGAGGUACUUCAAAAAUGGGGACUUCUUAAUAGCAAGUUGCCCCAAAGAAGCAUCCUUUACUUGGAAGAGUAUUAUUCACGGCAGGGAGUUGUUAAGGGAGGGAUUGGUGUGGCGCAUUGGUGAUGGGAAGAAGGUCGAUGUUUGGGCUGAUAAUUGGAUUCCAAGGGACGGUCUGAUGAGACCUCUAGGGCAUAAUCCAGAUAAGGAGAUAAGCAAAGUGGAGGAGGUCUUGCUUGAUGGUGGCCAAGGUUGGAAUGAAAGCAAACUGGGUGAGGUGUUCUUUGAUGUCGAUGUUGACGACAUUCUGAAAAUCCCGGUGGGUAGAGCUGGAACAGGAGAUUACUUAGCUUGGAAUUACACCAAAAACGGGGUAUUCAGCGUACGGUCAGCAUACCAUCUUAAGAUGCAUCUCAACUCGGCACGAUCUGGAUCGGCUAGCUCGUCUACCAGUCUAGAUGAUCACAGGGGCUGGUUGGCCCUUUGGGCUGCAAAUGUCCCUGGGAAGGCUAAGAUUCAUGUUUGGCGACUAAUACAUAAUUGGUUGGCUGUUGGUGAAGAGUUACAUAGAAGGAGGAUUAAAGGUGGGGUGCGUUGCAUUGUGUGUGACCAUGAAGAAACAUUGAUGCACUGCUUCUAG